AUGCAUUGCUUUUGUCGAUCGUCGAAGACAAUUUCUGUGCGAAUCAUACUUCUUGAUGAAACCGAUUUCUUACAUGAGAUUCAGAAAGAAUUAUUGGGACAAUCACUUCUCGAGGUUGUUUUCAAUCGCCUCAAUCUGCUCGAGACUGCUUACUUCGGUCUGCGAUAUUUAGAUCUUGAAGGACAAACGCACUGGCUCGAUGCAAAUUCACGCCUAUCACGUCAACUGAAAGAGAAUAAAGAUAUUUAUGAGCUUUAUUUCUCAGUAAAAUUUUAUGCUGUCGAUCCAUGUAAGCUUAUUGAAGAGAUUACAAGAUAUCAAUUCUAUUUACAAUUGAAGCAAGAUGUAUUGCAAGGAAGACUGCCUGUUCCAUUUGAUUUGGCAUCACAAUUAGGAGCUUAUGUUGUUCAAUCCGAAGUUGGGGAUUUUGAGCCAACCAAGCAUACAUACGGAUACGUAUCAGAAUUUCGUCUUGUGUCAAAUCAAACAAAAGAGCUCGAAUAUCGUAUUAGCGAGCUUCACAAACAAUUGAAAGGCGUCGGACAAGCGCAAGCGGAAUUUAAUUACUUGGAUAAAGUCAAAUGGCUUGAUAUGUACGGCGUUGACCUUCAUCCAGUCUUGGGUGAAGAUAGCGUAGAAUACUUUUUGGGAUUGACACCGAGUGGCAUAAUUGUGCUUCGAAAUAAGACAACAGUAGCUCAUUAUUACUGGCCUCGCAUAGCAAAAGUCUAUUUUAAAGGACGCUAUUUCAUGUUACGAGUAUGUGACAAAAAUAAUGAAGUGAACACGUACGGAUUCGAAACGCCCAAAAAAGUAGCUUGUAAGCAUUUAUGGAAAUGCUGUGUUGAACAUCACGCCUUCUUCCGAUUAGUCCGUGUCUCCCCAGCACAUGCCACAGGCGAGUUUUUCUCAUUAGGUUCACGUUUUCGCUACAGUGGAAAAACAGAACAGAAAGCUUCAAAGGAUGCUUCAAAUAUUAAUCGAGCUCCACCAUGCUUCACAAGAAAGCCGUCGAGAAGACAAAUAAGAAGAAAUUUUGACUCGAGUCAUCAUGAACAAAGUUUCGAGACAGAUAAUAAAAGAAAGUUUGAAACUAAAUCAAUUUCCGUACCUCAGCCAGCUUACACAAUUGACAAUGUAUAUAGAUCGACAUGUAGCAUACCAGCAGCUCUAAGCAACAAUAAUAAUAAUAAUAAAAACAGCAUCAACAACAACAACAAUAAUAGUAAUACAAUGAAUAGCAGGUACAGCCAUCAUUCAGCGCCAGAUUCCCCACGUAGUACACGAAGUGCUGGAUGGGCAAAAAGUCAACAGCGCGGUUUGUUUGGCAUAAAUUCGAGUCCAAAGUCGGUACGUUCUGCAUCAUCGCGUAACGGAAAUUCUCAAUCGAAUGGACAUCGACAGCGUUCAAGUUCAGUGGAGAGUCAGUCAUCAAAUGAUUCACGUUCAGGAAGAAGACAUCGAUCACGAAGUAAGAAAAUGUCGGAUAAUGAAAGUGAAAUGUCUCGUGGCUCAGGUCGUUCGGGAAGAUCUCAUCGUAAACAUCGACGUCAUAGAUCUCGUAAUCGUGAAUCGGGAUCGGAACGUGGAAGUAGCACUAGAGACUAUAAUUGCAAUGAGAAAUAUGCAGAUCAACCAGAGUUAGUUGACUCCAAUAAACAAUGGUUGGAAGUGCAAAGAAAGCAGGCAGAAAAGUCGAAUAUGGGAACCGUGCAACAAGCAUCUGUAAUAAAAAGCAAUACAGCACCAAAGUCAAAUAAUUCCACUGAUACUUAUAGCCGUAACAAGAAACAUAGGAAACACAGAUCUCCCACAGAUUCUAGAAAUAAAAUUUGGUCUUCGGAACUCACGAGACAUUUACAAUUUGACCUAGUUGAUACAGAUGGUAUGACGGAAGAUCAAUUGAAAGAGAUUCCGUAUACAGUCGUUGAAACUACACAAAAUACACAAAAUCGUAAGCGUAAUAAUAGCACGAAUUCACUAAAAGUGCACAAAAAUUCAUAUGGAAAGGAUAGAGUUGAUAGAAUAAGAGGGCCUCAACUACCAUCAGAUAAAAAUAUGAUGGAUGGUUCAAUACGAUCUGGUAGCACAAAUAGCUCAUCUCAGGACUUUGAUCGCAAUAAUGGAUUAAAUCGUAUGAUGUCAAGCUUAAGUAUUGGAGAAUUUGCAAUUUCAUCGAAUCUCAACCGUAUUGAUUAUGCAGGCAUAAGAGUUUCUCAUGAGCACACAGACUCCGGUCUUGGUGAUCAAGAUUAUGCAUAUUCAUCGGAAAGGUCAUCGGACAGUGCCAAAUAUACAAACAAAUCGUCGGGAACGUCAGUGCUAUCAGGCAAUGCAAACUCAUUUCAUACAAAGUUUUACAAUAAAGGUGCUCGACAUCAUGAGAUAGAGAGGCAAGCACAACAUAAAACACCGAUACCAACAUCAAUGUCCACUUCAACGGCGCCGGUACAUAAAAAGUUUGUUGCUAAAUCAAAUCAUUGCGAUAGCAGUAAUCAUUAUAUAAAUCGCUUCUUUAAUAAUAACAACGCACCAUUCAGUAAUAGUAUUCACAAUAACAAUAACAAUCAUUACUCAUUAAGCUUAAAUCGUCAUUCAGAAAAUCAUAAUCACAUAAACUUUGGUGUUGGUUGCAUCAAUGGCACAUUAACAUCUCCAUAUGCAUUCACAAGUGGUAGUGGUGUCGAGAGAAAUCGCGGUGGAACAAAAUCCGAUAUUGGAUAUCCAGUAUCGUCAUCUCGUGCUGGAGUGAUGAAAAAUAAUUUGCCGAAAACUAAUUAUUUUGUACAUGGCAAGCCUUCAUUAUUGCCAUCCGUUCAUUCUGACUUAUCAAUUUAUGAGACAACAUUCAAAGAAUCUCAUCCAAAUAUACCUGAUGUUCAUAGAGAUAUUUUAAAUAAUAAUAAUAAUAAUAAUAUUUGUAAUAAUAAUAAUAAUAAUAAUGGUAAUGCUACAACAUCACCAACAACAAACAAUGAUGAUAAUACACCAAUGACAAAAACGACAAGUUCUAGUGCAAUUAUGUCAUUAUCAAAGACUGGCUCAAAACUUUUAUAUACAAAUAAGCAUAGACUAGAUAUGACUAAACAUUAUAUUAAUAACAAUAAUUGUAAUCCUUUGACAUCCACGUUCACAAACAAUGACAUGAAUAUUAUUAGUCAACAAGGGCCUCUUAUUUACAAAAACGAUGAUGAACUAAUGCGUUGUGACUGGAAUAAUUCAGUCUUUGAUAAUCCAAUUAUGUCGAGUAGUGAUGGAUUGUCUAGCAUCGAGAAAUUAAAUAAUAAUGCUGUAAAUUCAUCUAGCACUAACGAUCGUAGAAAUAAACUACCUAACUCUAGCAAAUCAUCAAGUCUGGAAUUAAUUUUAACACCAAUAAUUCAAAGUCGACGGUAA